UGUAGACAUCCUCUCCAUUGAAAUGUCUGGUUCCCGAAACCUGCGCUUUCUCCUUCGUAAUGAGGAUCUUCUGUUGCACUCUAGUAAAGCUAAGGCACUCAAGUCUUUGGUGGAAAUCUUCCUUCAGGAGUUAAUAAAGGAUUCAAAUCAUGUGGUUGCACUCCGUAGCCAUAUAACUGAUGACAAGAGUCUUCUUAACUUCAAGAAGGGUGACAUCAUCAAAGUUUUGCCAAUGGAAGGACUAGAACCAGGUUGGCAAUUUGGUUCUAUUGGGGGGCGCUCAGGUAUUUUCCCCUCUCGGUAUGUGCAACCAGCUGCAGCUCCAGACUAUUACAGCAUGGGUGAGAAGAGAGACAAAUGGGAAAAUGGGAGUCGACCGCAAAGAGUUAUGAGAACCGUUAGUAAGGAGAGUGGUCAGUUGAGUGAUGAGAUCAUCCCUACAAGCAGUCCUUCACCGCAGCCCAGCAAUGAAGCACAUUACACCAUGAUAGAGUUUGCUCUGAAGUAUUUUCGGGAAGCACAAGCAAUGCUUGGCUGGAAGGGAAUGGCUGCAGAAGGAAAGAAACCGAUUGAGUUGGUGCAACACACAAAGAUUCCAAUUCCAGAGUCUUUGAUUUAUUACACCGACAAAGAGAUGAAUGAUCAAUCAACUAAUAACUUCAUGACUCUGAUGAGAUUCAUGGGAGACCAGCAAUAUAGAGAGCAGGAUGAUGUGAAAUGUAUCUAUGAGAUUCUACUGCUCUGCAGGGAAAAGCCACUUCUGAGAGAUGAGGUUUACUGUCAGGUGCUAAAACAGAUUACUGAAAACCCCAAACAGGAGAGUUGUAACCGGGGAUGGAUUCUCCUGAGCCUGCUGACUGGAUACUUCCUUCCUACCCCAACAUUACUGCCAUGUGUUACUAAGUACCUUCAGGAUGCCACUGGCACUUACCAAGAAAUCUCUAUGAGUUGUCAGGAACAUCUCCGUCAUUCUUUGUUGUAUCAUGGACGCAGGCACCUCCCACCACGCAAAGAGCUGGAGGCGCUAUUGAGUGGAAGAGUAUCUCGACGUCUUGUGAUAAUGUUAGCAGGGGGUGCUGAAUUUACAACCAAAAUUAAAACUUUUACUGUGGCAGCUGAUGUCAUUCCACAGAUAUGUGAAGAGCUGCUGGUUUCUGAACCUAGUGAGAUGGAAGAGUUUGCUAUAUUUGCCAACAAGAACAAAGGUGAAGUGGUGCGGCCCCUUCGCCAUGGGGACUAUAUUCAUGACUUCCUUCUCCAGGACAACUCUGUGGCCUUUGAGUUCAGAAGAGUUACAUGGAAAGCUACCUUCAGAGGACGCUGCGAAGUGUAUGUGCAAGUGCAUUACAACCAGGCACGUCAUGAUUACAUGCAGGGAAACUCUCUGACAGUGAGUCCACGGGAAAAGUUGGAGAUGUACACAGGAAUAGUGGCUGCUAUUAUGCAUCGGAUAAAAGGAAAUAACACUCCCCCAAACAAACAGGAACUGUUGGAAUACAUCCCUACCUGUGUGCAGAAUCGCCUGAAUCUACAGACUGUACAACAGCAUGUCCUACAGGAGCUAAAGGCUUUGGAGAAUCUGAAUGUUCCGCAGGCAAAAAUCCGCUUCUUGGAAACUGUAUCUGAACUACCUCUGUUUGCAUACAACGUAUUCACGGUAAAGAGGAUCAGUGAGCCUGGAAUUAUCACCCCGUGCUUUGCGGCUGUUAACCAUGAACAUCUUCUAAUCAUAGAAAACAACCGUGAGCAACCAAGCAUGAGCAUUAACCUACAAGAAGUCCAAGGUAUGCGUACAAUGCGUCCUCUGGAUGUCAACACACUGCCGGGAGUGGAGCUACAUUAUGGCACAGCAACCAAUCCUCGCACUCUGUGGAUGGACCUCAAGGAGGCUAAAGAGCUGUACCACAUACUAGCCUUAAUCAUGGAAAAUCAAGAGACUACAGCUGCAUAAGCUUGAGACCUUCUAAUCUAAUGUAUAAACACUUUAUUUACAUCGUAAUAGCCUACCUGUAAAGAUCAGUCUUCUAUAAAAUGUGUGCAUAAUUUACCCUACAACUGGGAAUGUCCUUGUUGUCCUGAAAGUGUUCAAUGUGGGUCACUGGACUAGGAUCAGUUGUGGUUAUAAUCCUACUGCUUACUCUAAGACUGUACAAGGCUACGGUGCUAUUCCCAUAAGAUGUGUAGGGAUUCUUGUUAUAUGCACUGUUUCUUACAAUGACAUCUGCUAAUGACAAUAUGUUUGGGAAAAUUAUUUGAUAAAAGCUAAGUUCAGCACUAUAAUACAAAGGGAUAGCAUUGAUAUUGCGGCGGUUGAAAUCCCGACGGACAGAAUGCAGAAAGUGGCGUACCGACGUAUCCCAGUGAGAAUCUUAACCCUAACCCACCCCUCCCGCAGCAUAACUCUAAACCUCCCCUAGUGCCUAACCCUGGUACUUACCGUCGAGAAGCUGCUGUCGACAUACCUCUAGGAUUUCAAUCGCCAGGAUCCUGACCACGUCCAACACAAAUAUGAUGUAAAUGAAUAAACUACAUUAAAUGUAAACCCCCCCCCCCACUGUCUACUGAAUAUCACUGCCACAGAAAUCAUAGUAUAACACAAAGCCACACAAUAAGAAGAUGUACUACCGAUUAUUGUCAUUAUACUAGGAAUGCAUCUGCUCUCAUUCACGCGAAUUAAAUGCAAAUCACAACUUUGCAUAGUAUGUACAGGUAAAAAAAACACUUUAUAACUUGCCAUUCUGCUGACGCACUCCAUGUCAGGCACAUGGUUACACUGGGUUGGUUAUAUGGCAGGGCAGAAAGGGCUGUUGUCUUGGUUGAACCAGCUUCAGUGUACAGUAAUUAACCAGCUCCACCCAUUGUGGCUGCUCCUAUCAUGCGUGUGCAAUCAAAAAAAAAUUGCAUGAGACAAACAAUAGACAUACAGUAAAGCUUCGUGUAAAGAAAGUACUUAAGGUGAUAAAUAGUCUGCGCAAAAACAACCAGGCAGCCCUAUCCAGCAGAUUCAAAUAAUGAGUGUCCCUCCAGUUACACUCGUGGAUUUAUCUAGGAAAAUGUGGUUAUGAAUACACUAUGACAAGGCGCCACCUCAAAAUUGUGCAACCAUCACUCUGUGGUGGAAAUAUUUGAAAUAUAUUUACGUUCCUUAUAUGUACACCAGUAUCCUCUUUGCUUCAGAGCC